CACAAGAGCUGUCUCCGACUUUUGUAGACCUAUUUUUUUCCCGUGGCUUUGCAACUUCCAUCUCUUCCGUUUCUCAGCUCUUCAAUUCAUCUCCACCAGUAAAUCACUACUAACUGAAUCCUUGAUUAAGCUCAUUCAAUGGAUUCAUUUCACCUUCUUCUUUGUGAAAGGAAUCCAUUGAAUGAGCUUAAUCACCGAGUAACUCCGCCGUGCGGAGGAGAUCUGCGCCGUUCUCGACGAAGGAGGAUCGGGGCCCGGAUCUAACGGCUUCUGCAGCAUAACCAAUGUUAUCAUUCGAAUAUGAUGUUAAUAUGAGCAGUUUGGGUGUGUGUUUUGUAGAGAGUAUGGGCGACGAAAUCAUUGUUAGGGUUUCUUCCGGAUCUCUCUCUAUCUCUGAACCUUUAUUAACCUGGAGGUUUAAGGUAGCAAUGACGGCUUCGAGAGGUGGUGGUCCUGACCAGGGACCGUCCCAACCUCAGCAGCGACGGAUCAUGAGGACUCAGACAGUUGGUAAUCUCGGAGAAUCAUUCGAUAGUCAAGUUGUUCCGUCCUUGCUUGUUGAGAUUGCCCCUAUUCUCCGUGUUGCUAAUGAGGUUGAAUCUAGCAACCCUAGAGUUGCUUUUCCCUGUCGGUUCUAUGCGUUCGAGAAAGCUCACAGGCUGGAUCCCACCUCCAGUGGAAGAGGUGUUCGGCAGUUUAAGACUGCACUCUUACAGCGUCUUGAAAGAGAACAUGAUCCUACACUGAUGGGCAGGGUUAAGAAAAGUGAAGCCCGUGAGAUGCAGAGCUUUUAUCAACAUUACUAUAAGAAGUAUAUUCAAGCUUUGCAAAAUGCUGCUGAUAAGGCCGACCGCUGGCAAAGGCAUACCAAACUGCUAAUGUUUUGUUUGAGGUGUUGAAGGCUGUUAAUCUUACACAGUCUAUUAAGGUUGACCGAGAGAUAAUGUUUUCUCUUUGAUACAUUUAUCUUUUUUCCCAUCUCCUGUGCAACGCUACAAUGAUGUUAGUUGUUUUUUCGGAUUUUGGAAGCUCAAGACAAGGUUGCAGAAAAGACACAGUUGUAUGUCCAUUAUAAUAUCCUACCUCUCGAUCCUGACGGUGCAAAUCAAGCGAUUAUUUGAUAUCCUGAGAUUAUGAGAUAUGAUAUCCUGAGAGAAUUAAGGCAAUCAUGAUCUCGAGCCAGGAACGUCAGAGGUUCUGCAACUCCGAGAAGUGGAAGACAGAAGUGUAUGGAGAUGAGGUUCUUAUUCUAGUUGAAGGAACUGCUCUGAGUCACACUGAUACUCUCCACCACCUGUCUUUAUCCCUUGCCAUUGGUAUCCAGUGCUCCAUAACCAUCGAAUCCAUCGUUCAUGUCUGUCACUCACCGGAAAGUCGGAAACCAGAUCUAUGCUCUUCUUUCUGGAGGAGGAUAUGCAAAGAAAGUUGUUGUACCCUUUGGAAAAAUCCUUCCAAUCCUGCAGGAUUAUUCGUAAAAGAUGCAGCCUUUUUCCCUAAAGUGGAGCUUGGUUUCCCUGAAUACGAACACGGCUUAUGAAUUCACAUUAUCUUCUUAGAUAUUCAAUUAUAGUUCGCGGCCUAACUACAUGUGAGUGAGAAUGAGUGGUUCGGGUAGAAAACGUGUUUUGAUAUGGGAUUCCUAGGAAGAAGAUAUUCAUCAUCUUAGUGGAAAUGAAUAUGUUGGGAAGUCAGCUUCUUAUAUUCGUAACAAGAUCCCGUCCAUGUUUCUAUCCAGAGGGUAAUGGUUGGGAGCCAACAUGAGAUCUGCUCUGGAUGAUAUGAUUAGGACAGUGAACAUCUGCAUCUAGACAACAUUCAGUAAAAGCUUGGCCUCCCAAAAGCAAUGAUGAUGGUCAUGCUGCCAUGAUUUGUUACUAUGAUGCUAUCAAAAUCUUCUGAGCAAGAGGAAAAUAGGCAAUUGUAUUUCCGCCAGUCACCUUUGAGGGACAGGCCUAGAACCCGUAGGAGGGCCGUAGCCCAUUGCAGAAGUUAGACGAGAUACUGGAGGAUCCUAUGACAACGCAAGACGGGGUCAGGAGAGAAAUUGAUGGUAGAUGUAAUAGAGAUGGUGACUAUGACUUGGAAGCUAAGAAUAUAAAGACGAGUAAAGAUUUGUAGUAGAAAACUUCUUUAUCCUAAAUAAUUGUAUUGUACCGUGCAUAUUCAAUAAAACUAGAAACAAUAGCUUAGAGCAUUUAAUUGAUGUAAAACUAAAGGAUAUGUUUACAGCUAUUGUUCUCUUUAUUGGAAUAAAUUUUGUUUUUCUU